GGUGUGGGGCCUGAAAGCUUGGGGUCUGCCAGGUGCUAGGUGUCUGCGACGAGGGUCGGGCUGGGUCGGGUCGGAUUGGGUUGCGCCGGGCAGAGGCAUUUCUGAGCAGGCCAGCCAGCCAGCCAGCUGGGGUGACAUCACCGACCCCCUCCCCCGCGCGAACCCCCUUCCUUCCUCUCCCCGCCGCGCCUUUUGUCCGGGCCAGGCUCGGCUCUGCCCCGCCCCUCCCCGCCCAUCUGCGGAGGAGGAGACUCCCCGUCAGUGACUUCAUUGAGUAGAUUCUUGGAGAUUGGCCUUGGUCCUCCCCAGAGAGGCGAGAGGAGCUCACUGCCUCUCAGGCCCUCACUAUCACACCUGUCACAGGUACACACGCUGCCACUCAACAAGCACAUACUGUCACUUCCAGCCUCACUGUCACACAGCCAUACAGCCACUCACAUUCAGCCAGACACUGCUGUACCUGAGAGCAGGUGGCCGCUGGACCCUCUCCCUCCACUCCGCACCUGGGGAUCAGGUCCAGCUCCUGCAGCACGAGACAGGCCUUGCUGGGCAAGGGCCUCUGAGAAUCUGAGGAGGUGGCUGCCAGAGCUACAGCGUCCCAAGCAGGCUCCGGUGGAGCGAUCAGAGAAACAAGGAGCCCAGCACCGGUCCAGUGGCUGUGAUGGGAAAAGAUUAUUACAAGAUUCUCGGAAUCCCGUCAGGGGCCAAUGAGGAUGAGAUCAAGAAAGCCUAUCGGAAGAUGGCCUUGAAAUACCACCCAGACAAGAACAAAGAACCCAAUGCUGAGGAGAAGUUUAAGGAGAUUGCUGAGGCCUAUGACGUGCUGAGUGACCCUAAGAAACGGAGCCUGUAUGACCAGUAUGGGGAGGAAGGCCUCAAGACCGGCGGUGGUACGUCAGGUGGCUCCGGUGGCUCCUUUCACUACACCUUUCAUGGGGACCCUCAUGCCACCUUUGCUUCCUUCUUUGGUGGCUCCAACCCCUUCGAUAUCUUCUUUGCCAGCAGCCGCUCCACUCGGCCCUUCAGUGGCUUUGACCCAGAUGACAUGGAUGUGGAUGAAGAUGAGGACCCAUUUGGUGCCUUUGGCCGCUUUGGCUUCAAUGGGCUGAGUAGGGGUCCAAGACGAGCCCCAGAACAGCUGUACCCCCGGCGCAAGGUGCAGGACCCCCCUGUGGUGCAUGAGCUUCGGGUGUCCCUGGAGGAGAUCUACCAUGGCUCCACUAAGCGUAUGAAGAUCACAAGACGACGCCUUAACCCUGAUGGGCGAACUGUGCGCACUGAGGACAAAAUCCUGCACAUCGUCAUCAAGCGUGGCUGGAAGGAAGGUACCAAGAUCACCUUCCCCAAAGAGGGUGAUGCCACACCUGACAACAUCCCAGCUGACAUUGUCUUCGUGCUCAAAGACAAGCCUCAUGCACACUUCCGCCGAGAUGGCACCAAUGUGCUCUACAGUGCACUGAUCAGCCUCAAGGAGGCGCUGUGUGGCUGCACUGUGAACAUUCCCACCAUUGAUGGCCGAGUGAUCCCUUUGCCCUGCAAUGAUGUAAUCAAGCCAGGCACCGUGAAGAGACUCCGUGGGGAGGGCCUUCCCUUCCCCAAGGUGCCCACACAGCGGGGAGACCUUAUUGUUGAGUUCAAAGUUCGAUUCCCAGACAGAUUAACACCACAGACCCGGCAGAUCCUUAAGCAGCACCUACCCUGCUCCUAGGCUCUGCCCCGGCCGGUCUGGAGCCUACCACAGCAAUACCCCCACACUCACUCCAUCUCAUGUGGACCCGGCUGGAUGUCCACUGGACACUGGCACUUUUCUAAAACGCAAACAAAAGCCACUGAUUUUCAGGAAAAUGUUCCUGUCCCCAACCCCUUUCAGAGCUGGGCUGCUUUGGGGGAAUGGGAGGGAGGUGGGAAGAGCUAGCCCAGGCCAGGGGUCAAUUUUCCGUCACUAGCUUUGAAUCCAGUCCCCACUCCAGUGGCUGGAGAGUGACUCGAGUGCUACUUGAAGAUCUAGAGUCCUUGUCCAUGCCUGUAAAUAGCAUGUCCUCCUCCUUCUCAGCCUUGCUAACCCUUUCCUCCCCCUUCCCUUUUGCGUCCUCCUGUUUCUGGAGAAAGAGGACAGAAAGGACCCCCCCCAGGUCUGUAGUGUCCAAGACUAACCCACAAGUAUUCAUGCACACGAAGCACUUGCCUGAAGUGGUCUGUGUCUCUCUGGGAGACGAGAGGAGAGGACAUAGGAAGGAGAGGUCAUUACCUGUGAACAAGGCCAUUCAUUGAGCACGAGACACUUUUUCAUUUGGGGCAGGGAGGUGAACCACCACUCAGGAGCCUCCCCAACAGCUGCCCUGCCCUACACCCACCGAGUUGAAGGGUCCGCUCCCCCCGCUGCUCUGAGGAGUGUUCAAGGAUGGAGAAAAGAGGGGUUGAAGCAUUACAGCCAAGAGGUGGGGCAGGACCCAUCUCCCAGCCACCGUCAGGAAGGAAAGGGCUUUGGGGUCAGGUGGCAGCUACUCCCCACCAAGAGAUUCAGGAUUAUAGGUUCCUCCCCACAUCUCUGAACUCAGGGUCGAGCCACCCCAAACUUCCAAACCCCACUUUUGUGAUAUGUGAAGCUACUUAUUUCUUACCUUUCUGGAGGCUGUGUCGGAGAUUUCCAGCCCCUCUCUACCUAUGUGACCCCCACCUCACUCCCACAGUUGUAUAAAAGUCAAAUAGUGAAGGAGAUGGGAGAAGACUGCUUCAGCUGGUCCUGGGGUGGGGUCUUUAGGUUUUCUCACUUUGACAAGCCCCUGAAUGUUUUUAUAGUAGUUUUUUGUAUUUUUUUGUAAUGACAGUAUUAUGAAAAAAAUAAAGUAUUUUAAAAAUA